AUGCUAUUCUCAAGAUCUCAGCGGUCGAUAUUCCCGCUGCUCCCGCCGUAUGGAGCUCACGACUCCAGCACUGGUCGAAUCAUUCCGUUACAUCCCGAUGGCCUCACUCCUUAUCUGGGCUUGCGGGCGCGGCUCUCACAAGUAUGGAUCAAUCGAUGGACGAUUCUACUGCUGCUUGUGCUCGUUCGCCUUUUGAUUGCGAUUGGCGACUUACAAUCGAACAUGGAUUCCGCCAAGCGUGAGGCGCUCUCUGCCUGCACAUCGGUGGAGUCCAUGGGUAGCGCGAUGGCUUCGAUGCCGUACUACCUAUCAAGGGGGACUAACGAGCUUGUGGCUUCUUCAGUUGACGAAGCUGUUAAUGCUCUCAAGUCCGUGCUGUUGAUGACCAUCACUGGUGUUGGUGAGAUCCUGUGGUUCGUUAUCAACAUGAUGUACUCCACCUAUGCUUGUCUUAUCACGAUGGCUGUCCGCGGGACAGUGGGCGCCGGUCUUGAACUGGUUAAGGAAGCUACUGAGUGGAUCGACAAGACCCUCAAGAAUAUCAGCGGCGACAUUGAGAGUACCGUUGACAAGUACCAAGAUGAACUGAACUCAUUUCUUGAGACAAUCAAUAAAGUGGCUAGCUUGUUCUCAGAUGACCCUAGUCCGAUUAAUCUAAACAGCUCAAUCAGUGCGAUGGAAAACCUGUCUCUGCCAUCAUCGGUCAACAGGACGAUCGAGGACUUGGACAAUGUCGUCCUCCCCAAUUUCAAAGAAAUUCAGAACUACACCAAAACACUCUUUCAAACACCCUUCCAAGAAGUCAAGGACCUAGUCAACAGCACAUUAGGCGCCUACAGCUUCGACCGGUCUGCUCUUCCCGUCCCUGCCAAACAGCAAUUGACCUUCUGCAACGACAACGAUGGCAUCAACGACUUCUUCAACAAGAUUGCCGCGCUGGCAUUGAAGGCCCGUAAAAUCUUCAUUGCCGUCCUCAUCGUCGCGGCCAUCUUGGUGUGCAUCCCAAUUGCAUGGCAGGAAAUCCGCCGGUGGCGCUCAAUGAAAGAACGCUCCCAGCUGGUGCGUAAGGAAGCCCACGAUCCAAUGGACAUCGUCUACAUCGUCUCCCGACCAUACACCGCCGCUGCAGGCAUCAAAGCGGCAAGUCAUUUCAGCAACAGCCGGCGACAGAUCCUCGUGCGAUGGGCCAUUGCCUACGCAACGUCUUUCCCUGCUCUUUUCGUGCUUGCUCUGGCUCUAGCGGGACUCUUCAGCUGUCUGUGCCAGUACAUCCUCCUCCACACGAUCAAGCAAACCGUUCCCGCACUGAGCGCCGAGGUAGGCCAAUACGCAGACAAAGUAGUCAGCGCGCUCGAAGCCGCCUCGACAGACUGGGCCACCGACGCCAACAAAGCCAUCAUCAACCUGGACAACGACCUGAACCACAACGUCUUUGGCUGGGUCAACAGCAGCACGCACGCCAUUAACGGAACCCUCAACUUUUUUAUCUACAACACCUCCGCCGCCCUCAACGAGACCUUCAAAGGAACCAUCCUCCAAGAACCCGUCUACGAGCUUUACGAGUGCCUCAUCGGCCUCAAAGCCGAGGCCCUGCAAAAGGGUCUGAACUGGGUAUCCGAGCACGCACACAUCUCCCUCCCAACCCUACCAAACGAUACAUUCUCCGCCGGCGCCGCAUCCAGCAUAGAUGACGGCGCAAAUCCCUCUGACAGUUUCCUCGCCAAUGCAGGCGACGAGACUUCCAACAAAAUCACUGAAGUCAUCAUCGGCGUAAUCAAUAAGCUCGAAGCCGCGCUGCGCAUUGAAACCAUCAUCGCGACUGCCAUCCUCUUGCUCUGGGUCUUCAUCGCUCUGAUCGGUAUCACGCGCGCAAUGAUGCUUUUCUGGGGCCGUGAUAAGCAUCGCGGAGAGGGAGGACAGGGUCAUGUGCUUGAUCCUGUUCCUCGUGGUGGUCCGACGCUGGAUCCGAAUGGCUUUACUGAGGUUCCUCUUACUGCUGUUCCGAAGAAUAUGGCGGGAAACACUUCUCAGUAUGCGGGAAGCUCCGCGCCUGUGCGGAGCGAGCCGUCGUAUGCAGAUGAGAAGAUUGGAUUUGCUGGGCAGCGAAAUUAUGGGAAUGCGUUGCAAGUGGACUCGGGUCCUGACUUGAGGGGGAGUAGCUAUGUUGAAUACGACGUGAAGCGGUGA